AAUGGUUGAUAUAGUAUGGGCAACAUGUAUGCCAGUUAUACAGGGUCAGGAACUUUCAGUGACAUGUAAAACUGGUUGUAGUGUGUCCCAAAAGCUGUGCAAUUCUUAUCUUGGUCGUCUCUGUAGAACCUCGGAUAUUUUCCAUCAUGCAGUUGGAGGCUCAACUGCGUCUUUGUCAAAGUUGUAUUUGGUGCUGCAAGAGUGGACUGAGGCUGCUCUCCCAGAGUUCUGCUCACAGAAAAGCUGUGAAUUACUACGAGCUCCUGGGAGUCAAAUCUGAUGCCACCUUGGAGGAAAUAAAAAAUGCAUUUUUUGAUAAAUCUAAGAAGCUGCAUCCAGACAGCGACCCUUCCAACCCGGCGCUGCACAGCCAGUUUGUGGAGCUGAAUGAGGCCUAUCGAGUGCUGAGCAAAGAUCUGAGCAGGAAGGAGUACGACAUCAAAAUCCAACCACCGUACAGUGGAAGCCAGGCCUUCAGCUCUGCCUCCAGUCACACCAGCUACAGAGCCAGUACGUACACUCAGGACAACGCUCAUUACUGGGAGCAGUUUCGUCAGUCUCAGACUCCGGGAAUGACAGCAGAGGAGCAGCAGAAGAGGAAAGCAAGGAACUUCCGCCUGGUGGCCUACUGCAUCAUCACUAUGAUGCUGAGCAUCGGAGCCCACGCAGUCUUCUUCAAGAAACUGGAAGAAGUUCACACUAACUUCAUGGAUGAGAAAGACAGAGUCAUUACGGGAAUUUACAAUGAAGCCAAAGAGAGAGCCAGGGUCAAUGGUUUUAAGAAACAGACAGAAAUCCUGCGGCAGAAACAUGCUGAGUUUCUGGAGAAAUACAAACUCCGCAACGAUGGAGAGGACAAAUAGAAGAGUGUCCAGCUGUACUCUGUGAUGAUGGAAUCUGAACUGCCAGCAGGCAGAGGACUGGAUGUGGUAUUAGUUUUAGGAUUUUAAAGUUUUUCUGACAUUUUAAAAGAUGUUUCUGCACCCAUGUUUGUCUUCAGAUGUGAUCUUCAUAUCUGCAGAAGACGGGUGUAAUGCAGGAGGGUUUCAUCUGGUCAUAUAGGUGUUUGUGCAUGACCACACUGAGAUAUAUAUAUCACUGGACUGGUCUGAACGAUUUAUAGUUGGUGCAGUGUUGAAAUGAUGUCAGAAGGAUCCAGCUGCAGUUUGUCCACAGGAGCCAUAAUGAACACUAUCAAACUGCCUCUAAUGAACUCACAGGAACAUGUUUAAUGUCCGCUGCCUCAUGUCUGUGUUAAUGUUGUUCAGCAUGCGCGGCUCACAGAUAACCAUGAGUUAAUGCUGGAUGACAGCUGAUCAAGUUAUGACGAGACAGAUCCUUGUUACCAUCAGAAUGUUAGCCUGCUUGUAAAAGAAACCGAUUGGUUAAUCUUGUCGCUCCAUCAAGUCCUCUAAGGUUUGAUGAGCCUCAGAUUGUUUGAAGGGAGAUUUAAGAGGCUUCAGUAUAACAUGUUCCAGGUAAUGUGGUUGAUACAUGCUACCAGACCUGAUCUGUCCACAUUUGGACUCUCAGUGGAAAUGCUCUGCAUUUCCUGCCAGCUCAUAACACAAUUAUCCAUUAGUUUGAAACAGAAACUAUGAAUGAUCAGUGUUAUGAGUAGAGAAGACAAGCCACUGACUCCUUUUAUUUAUAGUCAAACUAUUGUAAUACUAUUGAGACUGUAAAGAUGUAUAAAUUUAAUGGAAAGACCCAAAACAGAAAAGUAUUUAACUGAUGGUCAUUUCAACCUCCAGAGCCAACAUUCACCAUUUUGCCUCACAGUUUUUAGAUCUUAGAGUUUGUUAUUGUUUAUCAGUUUUUGACUGCCUUAUCUAUUCCCUGGAGGAGCGUCAGAGAGAGAGAAACGAUUAAAGGGUCAACUUUUACUCAUC